AUGCAUCGCCGAACGCUGCUUAUUAUCGACCAUAUUUUCCGCCUCGCUCAACAGGAUCCAUGCCCGGGCUUGACCACGCAGACCUUGAAUGUUGUGCUAGGUAGCGGGGUCGAGGGGAACCGCAUAGAAGCAUGCCGCAUCCGCAAAGGAGUACCCUAUCCAAAAUCAAAACUUUACAAAAUCAACAAGCUAAAACCGCAAGUUAUGGGUGGAAGGCGGGUGGAAAUGGUGAUGGCAUGGCAUGACAUAGGUACUUUGGGAGAGUGA